AUGGCCUCGACAAACGCAGGCUUCCCGACGCCGUCUCAGCUUGUAGACAAGGUUCCGCUGAUCAAGAACCCUGGAUUCUGGAUUCCAAAGCCUGUGGAGCUGCCGCCCGACAUCCACCCUCUCCCAGAGGACGUGCACGCCUACUUCGUCUACCCACACACCCUCGAAGCGCACGUCCUAUCCACCCUGCCCUCCGCGCUCUCCCACCGCAAAGCCCAACACACCCAACGCCUCGCCCUCCUCGCGAGCUACGCCGAAUCAAAAGAGCGCGCGCGGAAGGCUAGGUUGAAUCAGGUUGCGCCGGGGUGGGAUGAGGGAGGAAAGGCGUUGAUGCCCGUGCAGGUUAGAAGGGAGACGGUGGUGCCUGCGAAGGAGGAGAAGCGGAGAAGGGAGACGGAGAAUUUGAUGGGCGGGUCGGACGAUGAGGCGGCGGCGGAUCGCGAGGACGGGAGGAAGACGCCCACGAGGCAGGGCAGCUUGCUUCGCGGCGGACAGUACGGCAGUCCGAAGGAGAUGGGACAAGAUACGAUGGACCAGAUGCAGCGGGACCAGCUGAAGGACAUGUUUGAGGGGCUGGAGAAACUCGACACAUCGCUCGGGUCGAGUGCGAACGAGUUGGGGCGGAGCGAUGUGGACGACUUGAUCUAG